AUGUGCGACUGUUUCCACCUGGCCUUCCCCAACUGGCACGCUGCCUCCUCAGGGACGGCUGCUCGAAGGGCGAGAGGACCAGAGUCCGGGAAAGAGGACGAGUCAAUAUGUGACGACGAGCCACCUCAGUUCACCGAGGGAGAAAGACCUCGCCCUCAAGGAUCGUCCCCCGUCGAAGAGUUUCCUGAAACUGAGAAAUACACCGACAGUGACAAGGAGUGUGAAGCGGAGCAUGACCCACACCACAAAAGAGGGAAGAAAACAAAAAAGUCUGGGUUUGGGUCCAUGUUUGACAAGCACUCAACUCCCAAGAUGAGUAAACUGAAGGAAGUACACAGCCCUGAGUCAGGGGUGAUUGUGAAAACAGCCAAAGAUGGAUGUGCGGAAGGUCUCAUUUAUGGUGGAGGUGGUAAAGAGGGAAUCUUCAUUAAGGACGUGGUACCAGAGUCACCUGCCUCAAAGAGUCUAAAACUGAAACAAGGUGAUCAGGUUCUGAGCGCCACUGUGUAUUUCGACAAUGUGUCAUAUGAGGAUGCCAUUCAGAUUCUGGAGCAUGCUCAGGCUUACAAAGUGAAGCUCUGCUUGAAACGCCAACCAGACAUCACAGAGACUGAACCAGUCAUCGAAUCUGACGUCAUCCCUGAAGAAGACCUCUUCGCUCCAGAGAUGAGGGAGCAAGAAAAAACUAAGAGGCGUGGUGAUACUCGAAUUUCAUGGCCUAAGUUUCCCUCCUUUGGCAAAGGACGGAAGUCACGUUUUACAAGGUCUCACAGUUCCUCAGAAGCUGAGGAUCAGAGAAAGUUGGAGCUGAGCCCCAGUACAAGUUACACAGAGUCACCUAUAAAAUCUCAGGAUGCCCUCAAAGGCAAGAAGAGGCAUAAGAUAAAGCUUUCUGUCCUAACGAGAAAAGGACGUGUAAGUUCAUCUGAAGAACAGGACACAGACACACCAACAACUGGGCAGAUCAGUGGUGUUGACAUUCACCAGACACAGGAAGCAUCAGACAGCUUUGAAAGCCCCCCUGGAGAAACACCUGAAGCCUAUGCGACAGACGUUUUGACGGUAGUGGAAGGGUCAGACUUGAGACUUGAAGAAAAUCAGAAAAAACUGACUGAGCCAGAAACUGUUCAACACAAAGUUGAACUGAUCACCAUAGAUAGCACUAUGAAAACAACAGAUCUAACUACGGCUCUGACAGAUCAAGAAAGCUCCUCUCCUAUCAAGUCCCCCGAUGGAAAGAAAAAAAAGAAGGAAAAGUCUGAAUUAAAAAUGAAAAUUUUGGGGAGGGAUAAGCUUAAGAAAGAUUCAAAAGAGAAAUCCUCACCUAAAAGGCUGAAAACGCUGGGGGCAAGUAUAGAAAAAACAGAUCAACCUGAAAAUCAAAAAUCUGAUGUCAUCCCAGUUGUUGAUACCCAAAUAAUCAGCAGUGAGAGUCCAAAAGCCAAAUCAGUGACACCAGUGAAAAUAAGUGUACCACAGGUUGAACUGGGUAUAUCUGAUAUUGCACUUGUAAAAAAAUCUCCAAAGAAAGGCGAAGAAAAAACCAAGAAAGGCAAGGGCAUUAAACAAAAACAAGACACAAAGACAAGUCCAACAUUCAAACUGCCUAAAGUAGGCUUCAGUGACAUUGCCACUGAGGAAACUAUACAAAAAAUUAACGUAAAUGUUGAAGAAAGCAAAACAAAUAUCAAGCAAUUUACAACUGAGGGUAAAGAUGUAACAGAAGACCCUUAUGACAAACUGUCAAAAAGCACCGUUUCUGGAACACAACUUCCCAAACGGGAAGACAUUGAGAUCCCAGGUAUGGAGGAUGUGUCCAAGGGGAUAAAAGCCAAAGGAAUUAAAGUGCCUAAAGCAGUUUUUACAGGACCUUAUGAAGAAAUCCAGUCUGAAACUGUACAAAUGUCAAUUGAUGUCAACAGUGUGAAAGAGGCAGUUUCAAAAUUGCCUGGAUUUAAGUUGCCAAAGGUCGAUACGUUUGGCAUGCAAAUUCCAGAGGAAAUUACUGUGAUAGAUGCAAAUGCACAAAGAAUAUCAGUGAAAACACCAACAAAAGUUGUAGAUACCAAAACAAAACAAGAGGCACACGUCACUAAAUUUGAUGUAACUGCCUCUCCAGAAAUCCCCAAGACUUCAAUCAAACUACCAAAGAUCAAACCUGAGGAUGUAACCUCAGAGGAACUUGUUAGUGAGGUCAAGGUAGAUCUUGAAAAGGAAUCCAGAGCAAAGCAAAAACAAAGCAACAAAGAUAUUAAAACUGGCUUCAUUAAACAAGAAGAUAUUAUUAUAAUUGGAAAAGAGAGUCCAGAAAAGUUAGCCAUUCAUCAGACGCCAGAAACUGAGAAAACAAAAGGCACAGGGGAUAUCAAAUUGGAAUAUGAACUUACAACUGCACUCAGUUCAAAAGAAUCAGAUAACAAAUCAAAGAAGGCAAAGAUAGCAGUGCCUAGCUUUGGGAUUGCAAUACCAGACAUAAGUAUCCCUAACUUUGGAAUUGAUUUUCCAAAGCAAAAUAUCUCUGAGCAAAAAGGUGAUGAAGUAAAAGGAGAAAGGACUACAUUCCUCCACGAAGGAAAGAUGUCAAAAACUGAAAGAGGGAAAGACAAGAGGCAGCUUGGAGGAGUCAUGCCUGAUAUCAAAAUACCUGCAAUCGAAACAUCUGCAAUGACAACUGAAGGUGAACUGGAAGCUCCCAGGGAUGACUUUGAAUACAUUGAUUCAGUAGGUGGCUCACUAGCCAUGAAGGAUGGGGGCAUUAGGCAUACAGGUUUUGGUGUUAAAAUUGAUGCUGCAAAGGCAAAGGCUGAUGUCUCUUUUCCUGAGAUCAGAGGUGAAAUCAAAGAUGUUGAAGCUGAGGAGCACAUAAACAAACUGCCCAAAUUUGGAGCUGUUAUUCCGGAUAUCAGUGAAAAUGUACCUGAUGCAGCUAAGGAUAUAAACAUUGAUGGGGCAGAGAUAAAAACACUUGAAAAAGAAGGAAAGGGUAGUAAGUUUAAAAUGCCAGGUCUCAGUAUCUCCAUGCCAAAGGUGAAAGGACCUAAAAUGGAUGUAGGCCUCACAAAGACAAAGACAGAUGUAGAUGUGAGACUCACAGAGGACAUUACUCUAGCAAGUGCAGAUGUUUCGAUUCCAGAGCAAAAGCUGGAAAUCAAAAAUCUGCAGUCUGAGGGUGACUUUGAUGGACAAGGAAGCAAGUUCAAAAUACCAAAGUUUGGAAUCAAAAUGCCAAAAAUGAAAGGGCCUGGAUUUGAUUUAAGCUUAUCAAAGAAAGACGUAGAUGUUACACUACCAAAGGCUAAAAGUGAGGUCAAACUCCCAGAAGCCCCUGAUGUUGAUGUUAUUCCAGGGAAAAAGCUGGAAGUCAAAAAACCUGAACUGGAAAUCAAAAAUCUGCAGUCUGAAGGUGAUCUUGAUGGAGGAGAAAGCAAGUUCAAAAUACCAAAGUUUGGAAUCAAAAUGCCAAAAAUGAAAGGGCCUGAAUUUGAUUUAAGCUUAUCAAAGAAAGACGUAGAUGUUACACUACCAGAGGCUAAAAGUGAGGUCAAACUCCCAGAAGCCCCUGAUGUUGAUGUUACUCUUGGAAAAGUAGAUGUUUCCAUUCCAGGGAAAAAGCUCGAAGUCAAAAAACCUGAACUGGAAAUCCAACCUCUGCAGAUUGAAGGUGAGCUUGAUGGACAAGGAAGCAAGUUCAAAAUGCCAAAGUUGCGAUUUGCAAUGCCAAAAAAAAAGGGGCCUGAAUUUGAUUUAAGCUUAUCAAAGAAAGACAUAGAUGUCCCAAAGGCUACAGCUAAGGUAAAAUUCUCUGAAGCCCCUGAUGUUGAUGUUACUCUUGGAAGAGUAGAUGUUUCCAUUCCGGAGCAAAAGCUGGAAGUCAAAAAGCCUGAAUUGGAAAUCCAACCUCUGCAGAUUGAAGGUGAGCUUGGUGGACAAGGAAGCAAAUUUAAGAUGCCAAAGUUUGGUAUCAAAAUACCCAAAAUAAAAGGUCCUGAAUUUGAUUUAAGCUCAUCAAAGAAAGAUAUGGAUGUCUCAGAGGCUACAGCUGAGGUAAAAUUCCCUGAAGCCCCUGAGAUUGAUAUUACUCCCGAAAACAUAGCUAUUUCUAGCCCUGAGCUAAAGAUGGAGGUUGAAAAAUCUCUGGAAACUGAGGGUGAACUUGAUGGACAAGGAGGCAAGUUCAAAAUGCCAAAGUUUGGUAUCAAAAUACCAAAAAUAAAGGGGCCUGAAUUUGAUUUAAGCUUAUCAAAGAAGGGCGUAGAUGUCCCAGAGGCUACAGCUGAUGUCAAAUUCCUUGAAGCCCCCGAGAUUGAUAUUACUCAGGGGACCAUAGAUGUUUCUAUUCCGGAGCAAAUACUGGGGGUUGAAAAACCUCAGUUGGAUAUCAAACCUCUGCAGAUUGAAGGUGAACUUGAUGGACAAGGAGGAAAGUUCAAAAAGCCAAAGUUUGGUAUCAAAAUGCCAAAAGUCAAAGGGCCUGAAAUUGAUUUCAGCACAUCAAAGAAAGAUGUAGAUAUUACACUACCAGAAGCCAAAGCUGAAGUCAAACUUCCUGAUGUUGAACUAAAGGGACCCUCUGCUAAAGUAGAAAUUAAAGCUCCUGAAACCAGAGGUACAGGAAAGGCUGCAGAAGGAUCACCAUUAAAAUUUAAAAUGCCAAUUUUCAAACUACCCAAAUUUGGAACUGCUACUCCAAAUGUCAGUGUUCAAAUAUCUGAUAAAAACAAAGACAUUCAAAUUCCCGAAACACAACUGAAAACACCUGAAGAUGGUGGCACAGUUGGCAUUACAGUAACUAGCACUGAUAUUGAAAGUCCAUCUCUUGAUGUGAAAACAACAGCAGCUGAACUUGAUGGAAAAGGAGGCAAGUUCAAAAUGCCAAAAUUUGGAAUAUCAUUGCCAAAAGUUAAAGGUCCUGAAAUUGAUUUAAGCUUGUCAAAGAAAGAUGUAGAUGCCACAUUGCCUGAAUCAGAAGUCAAACUUCCUGAUGUUGACCAUGGAUUUAAAGUCAAGCUUAAAGCUCCAGAGAUUGAAGUUCAUCAAAAGGAUGUUGAAGGAUCACCAUCAAAAUUUAAGAUCUCUGCAGAAGUACCUGAUAUUGCCAAAGAUUUCAAAAUCGAUGGAUCUGACAUUAAUAUUUCAGGGAAGGAGUCUGUGGUUAACAUUGCCACACCCAGCAUUGACAUUGAAGGGCCAUCAAUAGAUAUGAAAACAACAGGUACAGAACAUGAGGGAAAAGGAAGCAAAUUUAAAAUGCCAAAGUUGGGAAUGUCAAUGCCUCACAUGAAAGGACCUGAAAUUCACUUUGGCUUAUCAAAGAAGGAUGCAGAUGUCACACUACCAGAAGCCAAAGCUGAAGUCAAACUACCUGACAUUGAACUAAAAGAAUCCAAACCUUUGCAUACUGAAGUGGAACUUGAAAGAGAAGGAAGCAAGUUCAAAACGCCAAAGUUUGGCAUGUCAGUGCCAAAAGUAAAAGUACCUGAAAUUGAUUUAAGUUUAUCAAAGAAAGGUAUAGAUGUCACACUACCAGAUGCUAAGGCUGGGGUUGAACUCCCAGAUGCUCCUACAGUUGCUGUGGAUAUGAAACCACCAGAGUGUGAAGCAGAAAUUGAUGGGCAUGGAAGCAAGUUUAAAAUGCCAAAGUUUGGAAUCACAAUGCCAAAAGUAAAAGGGCCUGAAAUUGAUUUAAGCUUCAUGAAGAAAGAUGUAGAUGUAUCCCUACCAGACUCCAAAGUUGAAGUGGAUAUUAAAGCACCUGCAAUUGAAGGAGGUGAGUUGAAAACACCAAAAGAGCUUGAACUAGAAAAGCAUGAACUGGAAAUUCUGUCUGAAAGUGAACUUGAUGGACAAGGAAAAAAGUUCAAAAUGCCUAAGUUUGGAAUGUCACUUCCAAAAGUAAAAGGACCAGAAAUUGAUGUCAGCUUAUCAAAGAAAGAUGUAGAUGCCACACUACCAGAAGCCAGUGCAGAAGUCAACCAACCUGAUGUUGAACUAAAAGAACCUUCUGCUAAAGUGGAAAUGAAAGCUCCUGAGAUUGAAGCUCAACUAAGCAGUGUGAAAGGAUCACCAUCAAGAUUUAAAAUGCCAACAUUCAAAUUUCCUAAAUUUGGAGCUGCCACACCAAAUAUUAGUGUUGAGGUACCUGAUAUAGACAAAGACAUUAAAAUUGAUGUAGCUGACAUGGAAAUAUCUGUACCACAAAAAGAUGUUGAUGUACCAGAAGUUAAAACAGGGAUCCGUUUGCCAGAGGUUGAAGUCAAAGGCAGUGCUGUGAUGGAGCAGCAGCCAGGUGUGGAGGUAGAUGCUAAACUGAAAAAGCCAAGGUUUUCACUAUUUUCUUUUUCAAAAAGUGGUAAAGCCCCAGAAGUUGAUGUCAGUGCUCAGGGUGUGACUGCUUCAAUUCCAGAAGGGAAGGUGGAACUAAAAGGAGGGGAAGUAGAUAUGAAACCACCAGAAUGUGAAGCAGAAAUAGACAGUCAAGGAAGCAAGUUUAAAAUGCCAAAGUUUGGAUUGACAAUGCCAAAGUUAACAGGGCCUGAAACUGAUUUAAGCUUAUCAAAGAAAGACGUAGAUGUAACACUACCAGAAGCCAACGCUGAAGUUCAACUCCCUGACAUUGAAGUAAAAGUACCUUCUGCCAAAGUGAAAAUUAAAGCUCCUGGAAUUGACAUUCUUACAAGUGUAGAAGUACCUGAUUUGGACAAAGACAUUAAAUUGGAUGGAGCAGAUUUAACAUUGCCAGCAGCAAAAGCUGAAGUCAAAAUCCCUGAUGUUGAAAUCAAAGAGCCCACAGGUUCAAUUUCAGUCUCACAGCCACCAGUGACAGAGGGUGAUGCCAAGUUGAGAAAGUCAAGCUGGACAUUGCCAAAAUUUUCAUUUUCAAAGACAAGCGCUGAGCCCGAUGAGGCUGAUCUUGAUGUCCUAAAAGUUGACGUGACAUUACCGGAGGCCAAAACAGAUGUACAUCUUCCAGAUAUUGACAUCAAGUUACCCAAAGUUGAAGCUGCCACUCCACAAGUCAGUGUAGAAGUACCAGAUUUGGACAAAGAUAUUAAACUGGAUGGAGCAGAUUUAACAUUACCAGAAGCAAAAGCUGAAGUCAAAAUCCCUGAUGUUGAAAUCAAAGAGCCCACAGGUUCAAUUUCAGUCUCACAGCCACCAGUUACAGAGGGUGAUGCCAAGUUGAGAAAGUCAAACUGGGCAUUCCCAAAAUUUUCAUUUUCAAAGACAAGUGCUAAGCCCACUGAGGCUGAUGUCAAACUUGAUGUCCCAAAAGUUGACGUGACAUUACCGGAGGCCAAAACCGAUGUACAGCUUUCAGAUAUCAACAUCAAACAAUCCUCAGGUAUUUCAACAGAGGAGGAACCUGCUACAGACCUUGAUGCAAAAUUGAAAAAGACACGGUUUUCCUUACCCAAAUUAUCGUUUUCAAAGCAAAGCACAAAACAGCCUGAAGUCGAUUUCAGUGUUCCAGAUGUUGACGUUUCUCUUCCAGAAGGAAAUGUGGAGGUCAAACAACCUGAAUUGGACCUUAAGGCACCAGAAGGUGAUGCAGAAUUAGAUGGAGAGGAAAACAAGUUUAAAAUGCCAGAGUUCGGCAUCUCAAAGCCAAAACUUAAAGGGCCUGAAAUUAAUUUAAGCUUAUCAAAGAAGGAUGUAGAUGUCACCCUACCAGAGUCUGAAGUUCAACUUCCAGAUGUUCAAACAGGUCAUGUUGAAGGAUCCCAAUCAGAAUUUAAAAUGCCGACAUUCACAUUACCCAAAUUUGGAACUAUUAUUCCAAAGGUCAGUGUGGAAGUACCUGAUGUAAAGAAAGACAUUCAAAUUGGAGGAGCAAAGCUGGGGGUAACUAAAGAGGGAGCUGCAGUGGAUGUUACAGCACCCAGCAUUGACACCGAAGGCCUAUCUGUAGAUGUGAAAGCUAAAGGAAUUGAGCUUGAGGGAUCAGGGAGCAAGUUUAAAAUGCCAAAGUUCGGUUUCCCUGUUCCUCAAGUCAAAGCUCCUGAAAUUGAUGUAAGCUUAUCAAAGAAAGAUGUUGAUGUAACACUACUAGAAGCCAAAGCUGAAGUUCAACUCCCCGACAUUGAAGUAAAAGUACCUUCUGCCAAAGUGGAAAUUAAAGCUCCUGGAAUUGACGUUCAGACAACUGAUGUUGAAGGAUCACCAUCAACAUUUAACAUGCCAACAUUCAAAAUACCCAAAUUUGGAGUUUCGAUUCCACAGGUCAGUGUAGAAGUACCUGAUUUGGACAAAGACAUUAAAGUGGAUGGAGCAGAUUUAACAUUACCAGAAGCAAAAGCUGAAGUAAAAAUCCCUGAUGUUGAAAUCAAAGAGCCCACAGCUUCAAUUUCAGUCUCACAGCCACCAGUGACAGAGGGUGAUGCCAAGUUGAGAAAGUCAAACUGGGCAUUCCCAAAAUUUUCAUUUUCAAAGACAAGUGCUAAGCCCACUGAGGCUGAUGUCAAACUUGAUGUCCCAAAAGUUGACGUGACAUUACCGGAGGCCAAAACAGAUGUACAGCUUCCAGAUAUCAACAUCAAACAAUCCUCAGGUAUUUCAACAGAGGAGGCACCUGCUACAGACCUUGAUGCCAAAUUGAAAAAGCCACGGUUUUCCUUACCCAAAUUAUCGUUUUCAAAGCAAAGCACAAAACAGCCUGAAGUCGAUUUCAGUGUUCCAGAUGUUGAUGUUUCUCUUCCAGAAGGAAAUGUGGAGGUCAAACAACCUGAAUUGGACCUUAAGGCACCAGAAGGUGAUGCAGAAUUAGAUGGACAUGAGAGCAAGUUUAAAAUGCCAGAGUUUGACAUCUCAAAGCCAAAACUUAAAGGGCCUGAAAUUAAUUUAAGCUUAUCAAAGAAGGAUGUAGAUGUCACCCUACCAGAGUCUGAAGUUCAACUUCCAGAUGUUCAAACAGGUCAUGUUGAAGGAUCCCAAUCAGAACUUAAAAUGCCGACAUUCACAUUACCCAAAUUUGGAACUAUUAUUCCAAAGGUCAGUGUGGAAGUACCUGAUGUAAAGAAAGACAUUCAAAUUGGAGGAGCAAAGAUGGGGGUAACUAAAGAGGGAGCUGCAGUGGAUGUUACAGCACCCAUCAUUGACACCGAAGGCCUAUCUGUAGAUGUGAAAACUAAAGGAAUUGAACAUGAGGGAAAGGGGAGCAAGUUUAAAAUGCCAAAUCUCGGUUUCUCUGUGCCUCAAGUCAAAGCUCCUGAAAUUGACUUAAGUUUAUCAAAGAAAGAUGUAGACGUAACACUACCAGAAGUUAAAGCUGAAGAACUUUCUGCCAAAGUGGAAAUUAAAGCUCCUGGAAUUGACGUUCAGACAACUGAUGUUGAAGGAUCACCAUCAACAUUUAAAAUGCCAACAUUCAAAUUACCCAAAUUUGGAGUUUCGAUUCCACAGGUCAAUGUAGAAGUACCUGAUUUGGACAAAGAUAUUAAAGUGGAUGGAGCAGAUUUAACAUUGCCAGCAGCAAAAGCUGAAGUCAAACUCCCUGAUGUUGAAAUCAAAGAGCCCACAGGUUCAAUUUCAGUCUCACAGCCACCAGUGACAGAGGGUGAUGCCAAGUUGAGAAAGUCAAGCUGGACAUUGCCAAAAUUUUCAUUUUCAAAGACAAGCGCUAAGCCCGAUGAGGCUGAUCUUGAUGUCCUAAAAGUUGACGUGACAUUACCGGAGGCCAAAACAGAUGUACAUCUUCCAGAUAUCGACAUCAAGUUACCCAAAGUUGAAGCUGCCACUCCACAAGUCAGUGUAGAAGUACCAGAUUUGGACAAAGAUAUUAAACUGGAUGGAGCAGAUUUAACAUUACCAGAAGCAAAAGCUGAAGUCAAAAUCCCUGAUGUUGAAAUCAAAGAGCCCACAGGUUCAAUUUCAGUCUCACAGCCACCAGUGACAGAGGGUGAUGCCAAAUUGAGAAAGUCAAGCUGGACAUUGCCAAAAUUUUCAUUUUCAAAGACAAGCGCUAAGCCCGAUGAGGCUGAUCUUGAUGUCCCAAAAGUUGACGUGACAUUACCGGAGGCCAAAACAGAUGUACAUCUUCCAGAUAUCGACAUCAAACAAACCUCAGGUAUUUCAACAGAGGAGGCACCUGCUACAGACCUUGAUGCCAAAUUGAAAAAGACACGGUUUUCCUUACCCAAAUUAUCGUUUUCCAAACAAGGUUCAAAAGAGCCUGAAGUGGAUUUCAGUGUUCUAGAUGUUGAUGUUUCUCUUCCAGAGGGAAAGUUGGAAGUCAAAAAACCUGAAGUGGAGAUUAAGGCAACAGAAGGUGAUGCAGAAUUAGAUGGACAGGAAAGCAAGUUUAAAAUGCCAAAGUUUGGUAUGUCAAAGCCUAAACUUAAUGUAAGUGUCUCAAAGAAAGAUUCAGAUGUCAAACUCCCAGAAGCUGAAGCUCAACUUCCAGAUGUUAAAAUGGAAAUUAAAGCUCCCGAACAUGAAGCUCCAACCGGUAAUGUUGAUGGAUCCCCAUCAAAAUUUAAAAUGCCAUCAUUCACAUUACCCAGAUUUGGAGCUUCUACUCCAAAUGUCAGUGUGGAUGUACCUGAUGUAAAGAAGGACAUUAAAAUUGAUGGAGAAGUUCAACUUCCAGAUGUUAAAAUGAAAAAAACAUCUGCUAAAAUGGAAGUUAAAGCUCCUGAAACUGAAACACAAAAAGGUAAUGUUGAAGGAUCUCCAUCAAAACUUAAAAUGCCGACAUUCACAUUACCCAAAUUUGGAGCUGCUGCACCAAAGGCCAGUGUGGAAGUACCUGAUGUAAACAAAGACAUUAAAAUUGAUGGAGCAAAGCAGGAGGUGCCUAAAGAGGGAGCUACAGUGGACGGUACAGCAUCUGGAAGCAAGUUUAAAAUGCCAAAGUUUGGCAUCUCAAUGACAAAAGCAAAAGGGGCUGAAAUUGAUUUAAGUUCAUCAAAGAAAGAUGUAGAGGUCCCCUUACCAGAAGCUAAAGCUAAACUUCCAAAUGUAAAAGUGAAACAGCCGUCUGCUAAAAUGGAGAUGAAAACUCCUGAAACUGAAGCUCAGACAGGUAAUGUUGAAGGAUCCCCAUCAAAACUUAAAAUGCCGACCUUCACAUUACCCAAAUUUGGAGCUGCUACUCCAAAAGUCAGUGUGGAUGUACCUGAUGUAAACAAAGACAGUAAAAUUGAUGGAGCAAAGCUGGAAAUAUCUAAAGAGGGAGCUACAGUGGACGGUACAGCAUCUGGGAGCAAGUUCAAAAUGCCAAAGUUCGGCAUCUCAAUGCCCAAAGUAAAAGAGACUGAAACUGAUUUAAGUUCAUCAAAGAAAGAUGUAGAGGUCCCCUUACCAAAGGCUAAAGCUGAUGUCAAACUGUUAGAUGUUAAAGUCAAACAACCUGAAGCUGCUGUUUCUGUACCUGAUGUACCAGUUGAGGAGGAGGCCAAGUUGAAGCAAUCAACCUGGGCAUUUCCAAGAUUUUCCUUUUCAAGGACAGGUGGCAAUGCCCCUGAUGUUGAUGUCAACCUUGAAACACCCAAAGUUGAUGUUACAUCAUCAGAAUCAAAAGCAGAGGUCUCUGUACCAGAUGUUGAAGUCAAAGGCCAUUCAAUAGAAGAGCCACCUGCAGAAGAACUUGAUGCAAUUUUGAAAAAACCUAGAUUUUCCCUGCCAAGAUUUUCUUUUUCAAAGUCAAGUGUUAAAGAACCUGAAGGAAGUGCUGAUCUUGCACAUGUUGAUGUUUCUCUUCCAGAAGGAGAAGUUAAAGUCAAACUGCCAGAAGUUCAAGCAGAGGUCAAACUCGCAGGAGUCAAAGAACUUUCAACAAAUGCAGAAAUUAAAACAUCAGAGACUGAGACUAAGUCAAAAGAUGUUGGGGGAUCACCAUUGAAAUUUAAAACGCCAAAAGUGAAAUUUGGAACUGAUAUAGACAAAGACACUGAAACAGAUGGAGCCAAAAUUAAGGACGAUGUCACUGUCAAUAUCACAGGUCCAAGUGUUGAUAUUAAAACGGAUGCGUCCAAAGCUGCAGUAUCAGAUUCUGAACCACCAAAGACUGAGACGGACAGUGUGGGUCUUGCCUCUCCAAGUAAAUUCAAAUUUUGGCUGAAUUUUUCCAAACCCAAACCUGAAGAUGAACAUGUCUCUGUUGACACAGAAGGUAAAGACAAUCAGCUAGAGAUUGAGGCCGAACCCACCAAAGGAGAGAGUAUAUCACCAAAAAUGACUUUGACAUCAUUUGGUGAGAUCCUCAAGAAUAUUGAUGUUGAAUUUGAUGUACCAAAAACAGAACAAGAGGAGGAAAACCUUGACAUCUCAAAGGAAGUUCAUGGAACAGAUGAACUCAAAAAGCAAGAGGCAAAGGGAAAGGAAACAAAUACCAAGCCAGAUACUACCAAAAGUGCUGAGAGGACAGGCUGGUUUAAAUUUCCCAGAUUUGGACUGUCAUCCCCAUCAGAACCUGCAAAGAUUUCCGAAAAAGACGAGCAAAAGGAUGAAAAGAGCCCAGUAGGGGAAACAGUGGAUGAGGAAAUAAGUCCCACCAUUUCUGUUCAGUCAUCAGACGCCUUUGCUGAUAUUAGCUCUGCAAUGACAAGUGAACAUGUUGGCCUGUCCUCAUCUUCCCCAACCAAGGUUACUGUCAAAUAUUCUGAUCCUAACUUUGCUACCGGCCUUGAAAAUGUGCAUGGUAACAUCAUUACUUCCACCACAAGGACUGGGAUGAUAUCAGUUGAGCCCAACUUACCUGAGAAAAUCACCAUUCUUUCAUCUUCAUCAGAAGACACGCUCAGACUGGAAUCAGGAAAAAUUCACAUCAUUACAUCAAACAUACAAGCAACCCCAGAAACACAGCAGGCCAGGCUUCUAACUGCUGCCCAAGUCCAGUCGGCUGGAGACCUUCCACUGCAAUCAGAAGGUACCGAGGCUGCAUCAUGGACUGUUGAAAAGUCACAGAGCAGCAGCAGAACAGUCUUUGAGAAACACUUAGUUAAGGAAACAUCAAGUGACGGCCAAGAAACAACUGUUAUAACUAAAGAAAUUACACACGUAUUUGACUCUGCUGAGCCCAUCUCAGAUGAGACAGCAACAUCUAUUCAACGACUGAGAGACACUGUGCACUCUGAGAAAAUGAAGUUUUUUGAUGGUGCCGGGAAAUGA